GGAAACCGCAAUGAAUUUGCUAGAGGAGAAAGAACACUGAGACUUGAGAUGAAAAUAAGUACCUUUUUUUCCUUGUUUUUUCACGAUAGAAAGUUAAAGAUCGGAAGUAGAACAAUAUGCAGCACCAGAACCUGCGUGGCGGUUUGCGAGAGAAAAACGAUAGGGAUAGUCCUCCACUAUUAAGGCUUGAGAGCAGUUGACAUCUCUAUGCGCGUCUCUAUAGCUAUCUCCAGCGGGAAAGCCAUAGGUAUGCGAGCUAGAGAUGCCAACUUUCAAACUCUAACACUACGACUCGUCGACUCUAUGUACUAAUAGGACUGGAGACGGAAGCACAGAAGAAGGAUUUGAAACUG